AUGGAGGCUAGCAUUGAGCAGCUACCAAGCAGCCUGCAGGCUGAGCUGAUAUACAGCGACCCUGUUCCUCUCUACCAUCUCUGGGUUUGUCAUUUCAGGUUUGCGACUCUUUCGUCCGUUCUGCUGAACCACUGUGAAGUGAAUGGAGCGGGGGAGGCUGGAGAAAUCAGGAGGAGAACACCUAACGUGAAGUGGUUGGACCUCAGUCGGUCUCUAUUGUCCAAAUGGGAAGAUGUGGCUGCCAUUACUGAACAACUGGAGCAGCUGAGAGGACUGGAGCUCUGUGACAACAGACUUAGUCUGACCUCCGACCCCUGGGCUCACCAGCAGGCUUUCCGCAGCCUGAAGGUCCUGGCUCUCAACAGCUGCAGCAUCACCUGGUUGGAGAUCCUGGAAUGCGCCCCCAUGUGGCCUCAGUUGGAGGAGCUGUCAGUAGAAAAUAACAACAUAACGGAGCUGCAGCGGCCUGAGGGAGUCCUGCAGAUGCUGAAGAUACUCCGUCUGUCCUGUAAUCCUUUGAAGCAGGAGACUGUGUGCAGGUUGUCCUCUCUGCCAAGACUGGAGCAGCUGAAUCUUUCUGAAACCGGACUGUCAUCAUUUCAACUUGAAGAUGCAGAUCAAGCUAGCUGCACAGCAGCUUUUCCAUCCCUGAAGAGUCUCAAUCUGGACCACAACAGCAUCUCUGAGUGGCGUGUCAUUAAUGAUCUGACCAAGCUGCCCGACUUGGUGAAGUUAUCGUGUCGUAACAACAAGCUGCUGAGCAGAGAUGGAAACCUGAACACUGUAAACCAGAUGAUUAUUGCCAAACUUGGACAGCUGCUCUACCUGAACAACAGCGAGAUCAACCCUGCAGAAAGAAAAGGGGCGGAGCUUGACUAUAUCAAGAUGUUUGGAGAGGAGUGGCUGAAGGCAGGAGGGCCCGGCCAGCCCAGCGUGGAGUUCACCCUGCAGCACCCAACUUACCAAAGACUUAUCCAGAAGUAUGGAGCCGCUGAUGAAGGCGAACUGAAGAAGCCAGAACCGUUUGCCUUGAAAAACCAGCUGUUAAAGAUUACAUUUGUGUUUCCUGAAGCGGAGCAGAAACCCAUAGAGAAGAAGCUACCAGCUUCUAUGGUGAUUCAGAAGGUAAAAGGGCUGCUCUACAGGCUGCUGAAGGUCCCAGUCUCAGAUUUGAGAUUAACCUACACCAGCCCAAAGAUGCCAGGGACGGAGUUCGACCUGGACAGCGACUUAAAGACGCUGCAGUUCUACUCCAUAGAGAACGGAGACCAGGUUCUGGUUCGCUGGUCCUGACCCGGUCCAGAGGGGAACCUGAAAACCUUGACCUUCUAAAACCAUCAUAGUUUCCAGGAUGCUGCAGAAAUUCCCAUUUUCCAUAGAAGUUCAUUGAAUCAGUUUUUUAAGUUUGUUAUUUCUGAUGCUUUAUAUGUUCAUAGUUUGUAAACUAAUCUACACUUAAAAUUUUUAUUUAAAGG